AUGAAUAGCAUGGGCACUUGGGAAGGAGAGCCCAAGCAACAAGUUGACAAUGAUUUCCUUGACCAAUAUCUUGAAUAUGAACAAUUUGAUGAACUUAUAAAUGAAACCCUUCAUACAUUGAAUGAAUUAGAUGUACCAUCUGGUUAUAACACCAACAACGACAACAAUAAUAAUAGUAAUAUUGUGAGACAAAUCAUGGAUGAACCUGGUGGUGGCGGUAGUGGUGGUGUUAUAGGUUCUCAUUCUUUCUUAUCAUCAUCACAUUUGGCUGGCUCUCCAAGAGGACACAAGAGAGGUCCAAGUGGAACAGCUAUAUUUGGUUAUGUUGAUCACACAAGAGAGUUAUCAUUCAAUAGUAUCACAAAUGAUUUAGGUAAACCCACCACCGCUCGAUCACAAGAUCUAGGGAAAGGUGUAAGCCCAGAUCAAUUACUCAGGUCCACGAAUAAUAACAACAACAACAAUAAUAAUAAUAAUAAUAAUAGGCAAAGAAAACCUAUUAUUGAUUUCCUGGAGUGCAAUUAUAGUAAUUUGCAAGUCAAAGAGUUCUUAGUCACCGACCAAGAAGAUGAUAGUUCUCCCAACUCCUUAUCCCCUUCAAGAAGUAGACCUCCACCUUUAUCACUAAGAGCUCCAAAAUCUCCUCAAGUAUACAAUGCACCUCCUCAAUAUCCCAUUACUGCUUCUUCACCAUUGAAACAAUCAUUUUCGAAUCAACAGGAAGAUUUCACCACUCCUAGACAAUUCAAUUCUUCCCCUAUAAGAAAUGGAGAUUAUUUUGUAACCAACCAGUCUCCAAAGGCUUAUAAAUUCCCAAGCCCCAUGCAAAAUUCAAUGAGACCUUCUGUACUGUAUAACAGUUACUCGGCAAAAUACUUGCAAGAGUUAAACCAAACCAAUUAUCCCAUUUCGUAUGUUGAUGAUAUCGAACCCUUAUUGGAAAAAGAAUCAGAUCCUGAUCAAAUUAAUCAACAACCAAUUACUCCUUAUAAUGAUAAAAAUUUCAAAUUUGUUCCUAUCCCAGUUCAAGAUCCUCUGCCGUAUAAGAAACCAAAGCAUCAUCUACCCCAACAACAACAACAACAACAACAACUGCAGCCGCAAAUGCAAGUGCUGCCACAGAUGCAAGUGCUGCCACAGAUGCAAAUGCGGCUUCAACAACAAUUGGGAAUUGAUAUUCAAACAUCAUCACCACAGCAUCAUAAACAACAGAUUCCACAACCUAUUAGUAUUCAAAGUAAUACAUUUCUUCCGCCACCAUCGCCUCCACUUCUUUCCAAUGCAUCACCUGAAUUACAAUCUUCACCAGAGCCACAUUCACCAGUUCAAUUAUCAUCUUCUCCAGUCAGGGUUCCGGUAACCUAUGACCAGUAUUCAUCAUCACCAAUACACCCCCGACCAUCUGAUGCCAAUAAUUCUAAAAACUUUUAUAUGCCUCAGUACUUUUCAGAUGGACUGAAUGAAAAGGAAAUUGCCUUUUUUGAAGAACAGCUAUUUCAAGAUAAUCCACUUUCUCAAACACCCCAAAAUAUCAUAGCAUCUUCUCCAAUACGACAGACUAAGGUUCCAAUGUACCAAUCUUCUUCUUCGGGGUACAUUUCUUCUAGUGUUAAUUCCAGUCCUGUUAAAUAUGAUUCUUCUCCCAUACGGCAACAUCAGCAUCAGCAUCAACAUCAGCAUCAACAUCAGCAACAGCAACAGCAACAGCAACAGCAACAGCAAUUACCAGGAUUAAAUGGCACUGAAGAUGAUACGGUAGAUGCUAAUAACACCACCAUUCAAUUAACACCCCUUAAAAACAGUGCACCACCAAUUACCCCCUCAAAGCAAACACAUGUCAAACUUGAGUGGUCACCGGUGAUCUCUCCCAAUAACAAAGAGUCAGAAGUCAAAAGACUAAUGAAGAAAUCAGUAAGGAGAUGUUUCAAGAAAACUUCUCUUUUGCCACCAGGAGAACUUGAUCGUUACUGGUCAGGUCCAGAUGAAAGUAAGCAAUAUGUUUGUUUGUUUGAUGAUUGUGGCAAGAAGUUCACCAGACGGUACAAUGUUCGAUCUCAUAUUCAGACUCAUCUUAGUGACCGGCCAUUCGCAUGCUCCUAUUGCCCUAAGAAGUUUGUUAGACAACACGAUUUGAACAGACACGUGAAGGGACACUUGGAAACUCGAUAUUGUAAAUGUCCCUGUGGUAAAGUGUUUGCUCGAUUAGAUGCCUUGAAGAAACAUAGAGAAAGAAACAUAUGUCUGGGGGGGAUCGAACGUGGGGCAACAGGUGAAAGGGGGGUUAAGAAGAUCAAAAAGGAACCACCUCCAACAUCACAAGGAUUGAUACCAACGACAAAGAACAAACAAGUUGUUGAUGUUGUUAGCAAUGCCUUACUUAAGGAUAUCUUAACCGAGUUAGAUUAA